AUGAAGUGCUUCUCCAUCCACAUUGGUCAGGCUGGUGUCCAGAUCAGCAAUGCCUGUUGGGAGCUCUACUGCCUGGAACAUGGCAUCCAGCCUGAUGGGCAGAUGCUGAGUGACAAGACCACUGGGGUUGGAGAUAACUCCUUCAACACCUUCUUCAGUGAGACAGGUGCUGGCAAGUAUGUGCCCAGGGCAGUGUUUAUAGACCUAGAACCUAUAGUCAUUGAUGAAAUUCACAGUGGCCCCUACCACCAGCUCUUCCACCAUGAUCAGCUCAUCACAGGCAAGGAAGACGUUGCCAACAACUAUGCCCAUGGGCACUACAUUGGCAAGGAGAUUACAGACCCUGUCUCAGAUCAAAUUUGGAAACUGGCCAACCAGUGCACAGGGCUUCAGGGCUACCUGGUUUUCCACAGCUUUGGUGGGGGAACCGGCUCUGGGUUCACCUCUCUGCUGAUGGAGUGGCUCUCUGUCAACUACGGCAAGAAGUCCAAACUCGAAUUCUCCAUCUACCCAGCCCCCCAGGUCUCCACAGCUGUAGUGGAGCCCUACAACUCCAUCCUCACCACCCACACCACCCUGGAGCAUUGUGACUGUGCCUUCAUGGUUGACAAUGAAGCCAUCUAUGAUAUCUGUUGUAGAAAUCUGGAUAUUGAAUGACCAACCUAUACUGCCAUUGCCAGCAUUAAGACCAAGCGUACCAUCCAGUUUGUGGACUGGUGCCCCACUGGCUUCAAAGUUGGCAUUAAUUACCAGCCUCCCACUGUGGUCCCUGGUGGAGACCUGGCCAAGGUCCAGCGGGCUGUGUGCAUGCUGAGCAACACCACAGCUGUAGCUGAGGCCUGGUCCCGGCUGGACCACAAGUUUGACCUGAUGUACGCCAGGCGUGCCUUUGUUCAUUGGUAUGUGGGUGAAGGCAUGGAGGAGGGAGAGUUUGCUGAGGCCCGUGAGGACAUGGCUGCCCUGGAGAAGGAUUAUGAGGAGGUUGGAGCAGAUAGUGCUGAUGGAGAUGAGGAUGAAGACUAUUAACUUGAUGGCUGCAUUUUG